CAGUGUUCGAUUGGGAAUAAAAUGUAGUUGUGUAAUUUUGCUGAUUUUAACACAAAAGCCAAAAGCGACUUCGCAGCAGAAAUGCAGGUUGUUUGAAAUGCGUAUCGCUCUUCAUGUGCAUUCUUGAGCUAAAGAAACCUUGCUCUGCAUGUCGCUCUUGAAAUGCAGAUGGUUUGAAAGUCACAAAAAAGAAAAAGAAAAAAUAAAAAAGGGAGAGAAGUCCGAAUUGAAGAUGAUAAAUUCUUGAGCUACAAAGGAGAGCAUAAUCGAAAGAGCGGAAGGCAACCAAUUAGUUAACACGGAGAUAGACAACGGAAAACAAAAAUUACUAUGACCGAUUCUAAGUCUGGACCACUGUCAAAUUGAGCGGAGAUGCCUCUUUCAUGUAGUCCGUCUUCGUCUUUAUUAAAAGAGCAGCAGGCCGCACUGGGGUUGCAGCCUCGAUCUUUUUGACCUUCGCGGACAAUGAUGACGUCUUUGAGCAUAUGGACCCCCCAGAAUGGAUAAGCUGUGCAGCAGCUUUCUAGCAAAAGAAAUAUUCUUCUGGGUUUGUGGCUAUAUUGAGGUCAGGGCUUCUCGUUGGUUUAUUGAGUUAUAUAUUAUCAUUCUCAUAGUUGGUAUAUCAUAUUGUACUGUAUCAAAUAUGGAUUCCUAUCUAUAAAAUUGUAUGAUACUUGAUGGGCCAUUGAGUUUAGUAUGUUGGCAAGCUUUCGAUUACCAUUCACUUUGAUCCAGGCUCUUAAGGUUAAUAGACUUCUACUCAUAAAUAACCUAAUUAGGUGGAGAUCUAUGACCGGUCUUUCGGGCAACUCGCAAGCCAUCGUUUUCUCUGAAAAAGGGGGUGCAAAUUUGGAAAUGAAACAUUCUAAUAUCUUAAUCUCAAAUCUCUGCAAGGAAGGCAGAAUAGAUGAAGCACGCAAGGUGUUUGAUGAAAUGGUUGAGCGGGAUGUCGUUUUAUGGACAACUAUGAUAACUGGAUAUAUUAAAUGUGGGAUGAUGAACGAAGCAAGGAGGCUGUUUGAUAGAGUAGAUGCCAAAAACAAUGUAGUCACAUGGACUGCCAUGGUCGCUGGUUAUAUAAAGUUCAAUCAAAUCGAAGAAUCUGAGAGGUUAUUUUAUGCGAUGCCUAUGAGAAAUGUUGUGUCUUGGAACACAAUGAUCGAUGGAUAUGCACGAAAUGGCCAAAUUGAGUUGGCUUUAGAUUUGUUUUGGAGAAUGCCUGAGAGAAAUGUAGUUUCAUGGAAUACUAUCAUAACAGCUUUGUCUCAAAGUGGGAGAAUUGAGGAUGCAUGUCGGCUUUUUAAUCAGAUGCCAAAAAGGGAUGUGAUUUCAUGGACUGCCAUGGUUGUAGGAUUGUUAAGAAAUGGUAGAAUUGAUGAAGCUCGUGCUCUUUUUCAUAAUAUGCCUGUCCGUAAUGUGGUUUCAUGGAAUGCAAUGAUUGCUGGUUAUGCCCAGAAUAAAAGGUUUGAUGAGGCUAUCGAAUUGUUCGAGAGAAUGCCUGAACGGGACACAUCUUCUUGGAAUACAAUGAUAACAGGUUUUAUUCGGAAUGGGAACUUAGACACGGGUGAAAAGCUAUUCAAUGAAAUGCCACGAAAAAAUGUCAUUUCUUGGACUGCUAUGAUGACGGGGUAUGUGCAGCAUGGGCGAAGUGAAGAAGCAUUGAAAAUGUUUAAGAAAAUGCUAGCUGUCGAUGGGAUAACACCCAACACAGGAACCUUUGUAACUGUCUUGGGUGCUUGUAGUGACUUGGCUGGUCUUUGUGAGGGACAACAAAUUCAUCAACUAACAAGUAAAACAAUCUAUCACGACAACACAUACAUGGUAUCUGCACUGAUAAAUAUGUACUCAAAGUGUGGAGAGUUACAUAUUGCUAGGAAGUUGUUUGAUGAUGAUUUAUCAGGCCAAAGGGAUCUGAUAUCUUGGAACGGGAUGAUCGCUGCAUAUGCACACCAUGGAAGUGGUAAGGAGGCAAUUAGCCUAUUUAAUGAAAUGCAAAAAUCUGGGCUUCACGCUAAUGAUGUCACUUAUGUGGAAUUGCUCUCUGCUUGUAGUCAUUCUGGUUUAGUAGAGGAGGGGUUGAAAUUCUUUGAUGAUCUAUAUAAAAACAAGUCCAUCCAAGUCAAAGAAGAUCAUUACACAUGUUUGAUUGAUCUUUGUGGUCGAGCAGGAAGAUUGAAGGAAGCUUUUGAUAUCAUUGAAGGGCUUGGGGAAAAGGCAUCACUUUCCAUUUGGGGUGCCCUACUUGCUGGAUGUAAUGUGCAUGGAAAUGCUGAUAUCGGUAAGCUAGCUGCAAAGAAGAUUUUUAAAAUCGAGCCUGAAAAUGCUGGAACUUAUUCAUUACUAUCUAACAUGUAUGCAUCAGCGGGAAAGUGGAAAGAAGCUGCCAUCAUGAGGAUGAAAAUGAAGGACAAAGGAUUAAAGAAGCCGCCUGGGUGUAGUUGGAUAGAAGUCAACAAUAAAGUGCAAGUAUUUGUUGUUUGUGAUAAGUCACAUUCUCAAUUGGAGGAGAUAGACUAUAUACUUCUUGAUCUGCAUCCCAAAAUGAAGAAUAUUGGGGACAUGCCAGAUGAUGAUUUAUUUGUUCAUUGUGGAAAUUGAGUAGCAUGAAAUCGUAUUGCCUGAAAUUUGAAUAAUCUGGAAGGGAUAUGAAAUGCAAGAAAGAUCAUUGGUGCUUGUGAUUGACGUUGUUAAAGAGAUAUUAACAGGCUUCUAGCCCAAAUAACUUUGCAUGUGAGGGAGGG